AUGAAGUACAACAUCCCCACGCUCAUGGCACUAUACCAGGAUACAGAAGUUACCUGUAACUGGACUGGUCACGUCAAAGAUUGUAAACUACUACGUCCCGGGCAUCCUCAAAAGCCAGCAACCCGAGUGACUCCUCGCAAAAAGCUCGCCUCGAAGACCUCUGCAGGCCCACAUCUUGUUCAAUCAUUGGGACAUACACCCAAGCUGCAUACGCCAAAGCUGCAUACGCCCAAGCUUCAUACUCCUAAGCCGCAUAAUCGAUCGACAGCCAACAAAAGAAAGAUAUCUCCGAAACCGUUGACGACAACUGAUGCAGGCUUUGCUCGCUUUCUCAAAGAACAUUCUUCUCCAAAAAAUCAGCGUGUGACUGCUGGAGGCCGUAUCGUUCCCAUGAUUACCGGAGAAGAUUCGAUCCAAGUGGAGAGGGAUUCUGAAGAAUGGAAACCGCCUCAAGCCAAACAUAGCACAUGUUACCAAAGUUCGCCUACGAGGAUCAUCGACAGCAAUUAUAUUCGAGGCGGUGCGGCCGUGGUAAAAAGUUCAGCCUCUUUCGUACUUGAUCCAGUACAAAAUGACAGCGUCUUCCACCAGAUCCCAAUCACCACAGCUCCGGCCCCGGUCAUUAUCCCAAUGCCUGUUCAAUCAUUUCUGCCCCCUGUCUUUCCUCAGCAGUCAAUGAGUGUCUACCAAGGAGCCAACGCAUCUCAACAAAUGGACGAGAACUACUUUCCACCCUUGGAUGUGAAUUCCGAUCUUAAUUUCCACUCCGCGGGCAUCUUCAGGUCGAAGCUGGAACAAGUACAAAAUAUCGUUAAUGGAGUCGAGGAUGCAAAUUUCAUUGACUUCAAGGCCGAUCUUCGCCUCAUACUCGACCUGGUUGGAAGACCGAUGGACUCUCUUCAGGUUGAAUAUCUGAUCUACCUUCAUGAGCAAUUGGAAAUGGCCUUGGGUGCUGCGAGCAGACACCUUCAAUCGGUGGAUGCCGAGAUUGCAAUGUGUUCGGCAAGCAGUCCAUCACACGUGGGGCUGCGAAUCAAAUGGAAGCGGAUCAGAGCAGAGGUGUUUGACAGACUGGAGGAGAUCAAGUUGGGCCUGGGUGAGGCCCUUGAUCAAUUCAACGGAAUUCAGAGCAUCACGAGUUCCAUAAUCCAGACCUUGUGCCCAGGGGAUAUCAGACUCGAGCCACUGUCGAUAUCUUCGGCUCCAGAUACACCCUAUCAAUCCAUGCCCCAGAUCGAGGAAUUCCAGGCCGAUAAUACACUGCAGGGAUGCAUCAUCAAUCAAGACUGCGAACCGAUGAAAAGGGAUCCUUCUAAUUCCCCCGACUUUGAGUCUGCUUUCGAUCCCCAGUUACCUGAGCCUAGUGAGGCUAUCGAGCAUCCUGGGCCUCAACGGGCUGGCCGCUUUGAUGAUGUGGGAUCUGAUCUGUACGGCGAUGGAGAUACCAAUAGAAGCGAUGCAAGCUCGGGGGUUUUGGAUGCUGGAGAUGAGCAAAACAUUGAGUCUAGCAGUGACAGCAACGAUCCUGCCCACAAUGCGAGCAAUUCGUCCGUCAUUCUCCAGGAUUCAGCCGGUGAAGAUGACUCUGUCUCCCUCACCGGGCCGGCCUGCUCUCAGGUUUCACAGAAUGGUGCCGGGGUGGCAGACGCUCUUCAUGAGUCCCGUCCCUCUGGGCAAACCGACGGCGUUGCGGAGAUCCGUAUACCUCGCUAUCUCCCACGAAACCUGCGACGUCGUGAUAGUCACACCCUUCCGCGCAAUUUCCCCCGUCGAUUCAGUAGUACCAGCCCCUUUGCAGCCGAACAACGCCCAAGUUCACGAUACUUCCCCUGGAAUUGGCGGACAACUAUGGGCUCCGGAUCAGGAUCUGAUUCAGUCUCCAGUAUCGACCACGAGUAUGACGAGGGCUCGCAACAUGAAGAUUGCGUGAGUGAUAUGAAGCCGAUCAUCCGCAGAAGAUACGGAUAUUCGGAAGAUGGGCCCGCUGCUUUGACCAACCAGCCAGGAGGGUUUGAUCUGUCCAGUGAUUACGGAUCAAAUCAAAGUAAUCCACCCACACAAGAUGACGACUACGAUGCCGAUAUUGACCUAACACAAGACUCGCCCCGUCAAGCCGUCCGUGCAGCUCACCAAAACGAACAAACUAAAGCCAUCCGCGCCGAGCUUCGCGCGAUGCAGGGGAUUGGUCAACAUAGACUGCCUAUUGGGCGCCCCACGAUCGAAACAUUUGCGACCACCGCCGUCGGACUGCCCGGACGUUUCCAAUAUGGGCCUGGUUGGAUGGCUUUGGCUCUCAAGAAGCUCUUCCCAUAA